UAAAAUGAAAUGUACUUUAUAAGUAUCAUUUAGUACUUUUACAUUAAAGUAAGGUUGUCAACCCGAUUUAGCCCGUUGGCAAAGGCCAAACUCGGAAAAUAGACAAUAUUCACAAACCAAAGGAAAAAACGACGUCGUGUGGCCUUCAAUUCAAGAACUUUGUUCCGGGUCGACACAUGGGUGUGUGCCGCUCUUUUUCCUCAUCGAGUACGAGUCAAUCCGCUAGGUGACAACCUUGCAUUUAAGUGUGUGUGUAUAUAUGUAACUCAUUAAAACACUAGUCUCAUCUCAUUUGAGCAUAUUCCAUUCCUAAAGGACGACAUUUUGUCAUCGUGUUGGAAACCUAAAGAUUUGUCCGUCCACCGAUUUUCUCGAUUAUGACUGGCUACAGGCUAACACUCAAAAUGACUUCUGGAAACCGUUUCAUGACAGUUCCAAUCGGACCUGGUCCAACUGACCUGUCUCAUAGUGGUUUGACAACCUUGUUAACGAGACAUUAACAUUUAAUAUGAGCUGUUAGAGGUGGUUGACUGGCUUGCAGGUGCAGGUAUUGUGAUUAAGAUUGGUCUAUCCCCAUAAUUAAAUUUCUUUACAAAAGAGGACACUUUCACAUUCAUUACCAUUCAUACGGGAUCUGUAUAAAAAACAUGGUCCUCUCUUGCAGUACAAUGGCGCCAGUAAAGCUUGGCAGCUGCUAUCUUCUGGGUCUAAAUUACUAUGCAGUUGGGAUUUUGGGUUGCAUCUAACGCCACCAAAUUUACACCAAAAGUUGAAUUGGAAGAAAACAAAAACCCUCCAACCACAUUAAUUACUCGACCAUGAUUGUUGUCAAUAUGGGACCUAUGUAUCCUGCAAAAUGCAGUUCAUGCUACCUUUGAUUUCCACACCACACCAUGUCACCAUCCAUCUCCCAUCACCACAGCCCAAGCCAAAUUGCCAGAGAGUAAUUCAGGCUGCAGAAAUCGACCUCUAUUCUCCUCACUAUCCCACAAAAACCUGAUAGAACCUGAUAUUAGGGUUCUAUCGGGUCUGGUCGUGAGAUUGAGAAUUAGGGAUUCAAGAACAGAAUUAGGAAUUUGAGAAGAGAAUGAUAGAGAAUCGGCCUAGGCCUUUAGAGGGAUUGAGAUCUAGAAUCGAGAGGAUUGGGAGAUUAGGGUUUAGGAGAGUUUUCUUAAUAUUCUUCUUAUUAUUCCUGAAUGAAUAGGCCUAGUACAUAUUUAUAGCGAAUAUAGGAAAACCCUACUAAUAAACCUAAUUCUACUAGAAUACUUCUAACCAUAAUAAGAAUUACCCUAUUAGUAGUAAUAAUAAUAAUAAAAUAUAGAAACCCUAACAAAGUUGGUUUCCAUCAAAACCAAACCUGAUUGGCUAUUGAACGGGCCGGGAUGAGUAUGUGCUUAUAUAGCUUAUGUCUUCUCAGUCGUCUGAUCAACAAUCUGAUGUCUAUGGUGUGUGCAGAAUGGAAAUGCUCCACAAUCACUCGUGUUUUUCUCGUGUCCUGCAUGCCUCACGUCCGUCUGAUUUCCAGAGUGCUUAAACUCGUGAUCUACCCUGUUCACGAGGAUAGCGAAAUUCCCCAAACCGAACACUUCCCUUCGAUUAGAUUGCAACACUUUCAAGUUGACCAGAUUCAUAACGGAUGUAACUCAAAAUUGCAUGUUGAAGCUCCACAUGACACAAUUGGAAGUUGCAAGCACCCAAGUGGUCAAGUUUUGAAACUUCAAGGGCUAAAGAAAAGAAAAUCUUCUACUGGCGUACUACUGAUAACGGAGCAGAAACAGUAAUGUUUAGGACCAGCCUAAACUUCUGACCCCUUAUUUCUUUCUUCAUAUUGUAAAACAUGGGUUGAAGGAGAGAAGGACAGAAGGUGCCUCAUGUAGGUAAGGCCAGUAAUUGUAGUUGCCGUUAUAAGGCAAUGGCAUGUUACUGGUUUUGUCUCAUUGAAGCCUUAAAAUGAUCAUUCCAAGGUUACAGUAAACAGUAAAACUGAAGCAAACAUUAACAAUACAAAACUUUAAGGGAAUGGGGAACAACCCAGUAAAGAAGAAUGGACCCAGAAAAUAAUAAUGAGUUAAGUGUAAGGGUAUGGCCAUAAUCUUUUGAAAAUUUUGUGGGGAUGCAAGCAGAAAAGUUAGGGGCUUUAUUAGGGCAGCGGUGCCUUUGAAGGGCUGCGUGGCCUUUUCAGGGGGCUCUGGGUCUGGGGUAUGAUGCCUCCCACUUUCUCCAGUACUAGUUCGGUUCUAUCUUCUUUCCACAACACUUGCUAUGCAACAAACUGGACAAAAGAAACUAAAACUGUUACUGUGAAAUAUAAUACACUGGUCGUGUCAACCGAGCCAUAACAGAAUUGAUUGAGAUCUUAAACUCAUCUAACUAAUGUCACGAAUUCCGAAAUCAAUGAUGUUAGACAAUCAUGAUCCAACUGUACUCUUUUCCAAAGUUGUAAUGAAAUUCGAUGUAUUAGUGUUGUACUGCUGUUAUGAUCGCAUCACAGUUACGUUCAACAUUCUUACUCGAUCGGUUAAUAUAGAAAAGAGCAUUCUUAGACAAAACUAAUUGACAGGAAGGAAUAUAUAGAAAUGAGGGGCAUGGUUAAAGUUGGGUCUACAUAGGAUGGGUGCCAACUUCCAACCCCACAAUAUGCCUCCUAACUUGAAAAAAAAAAAAAAACUAAAGAAAAGGCUGCCACCAUUGCCAUGCUUUUCUUGGAAUCAGAAACCCAGUAAAGAAAGGAUUUCAGUACUAAAAAAAGACAUUCCUGAAGUGAUUAACAUUGGUAAUACAUCAGAAACCUUUUUUUAUAUAGCUAAUCCUCGAAAUUGGUUGAGACACUCUCUCUACAAUAGUCAACCACAAGUGCUACCAGCUGCCAGCCUGCAAUUUCCUCCCUUAAGUAGUUGGAGAGGCAUCGAUGAUGAAUGAAGAUGAAGGAAGAUAGAAAAGGGAAGUGCCCCAUUUUUACACUUUCUACCACCACCAGACAGGCACCAGCCACAGUUGAUCCGUUUGUUUAUAUUCCCAGAAAUGUGUUCUUCUCAAAGUGGGUGUGAAAAAAAGUUCAGCUGCUACCCUCCAGGCCUCAUACCCUUUUAAUCAGUUCUUCCAUCUCGACUUUGACCUUCAUGGUUAGAGCUGGAGAUGGUGAUGGUUCAUCUGAAAAAGAAAGCUGGAACAAAGAAAGAGAAACCUCUUCGAUGAGCAAAAUUCAAUGGUAGUAGAUAACAAGAUUUUGGGACAACCUUCUGAAGCAAGCAAUAGCUAUUUUUGUGUAGUUUUCUUAUGACAAGUGGUAUGGGAAAUCCAACAGUACUGUUGGUUUCACACAACCUUAAAAUGGGUCAGACGUGUUCUAGACACCGAAGUGGUGGUUUGUUUUUCUUUUCUUCUUUUUUUUGCUUGUAGAAUGUGUACAAAAAGGUUGCACAGAAUUUGCUGCUGCUAUGGAGGUCUUCCAUUUAUGAGUGAUCUACUCAGACACCUGUAGUGAAUCGCGCUCAAAACUAGCGUGUUCAUGCCAUUGCCAAUGCCAUUAACCGUCUUUCGUGUGCUCUCGGUUACUGGAUCGACGUUACUUACAAAAUGCUAACGCGACAAUCCCACGAUUAAGAACGCGUGAUAGGUUGAUCCAAAAAUCUCGACAUGCUGUGCAAUCUCUUCAGCAUGAUGCUGAUAAAGAUCAAAGGUCACA